ACGAAAACGCGGCGGCGGGGGCACCGAAAUCGUCACCGCUUUUUUCCGCUAUGGCGAGAGCAGCGCCAGGACGACAGGCAGCAGCCAACAGCAUCAGAGGCCAACCAUCCUAUACAGCCAUGGCAACGCGGUGGACCUCGGGCACAUGCUACCAGUGUACAGGGACCUUUCACGCGUCCUGCGAGUCAAUGUCAUGGGGUACGACUACAGCGGGUACGGCUGCAGUACGGGUAAACCAACUGUAAACAACACGCUGGCCGACAUCACGGCGGUGCUGGACUUCCUAAACACAGAGUACAAAAUCCCUCCGAACCAUGUCGUACUGUACGGCCAAAGCGUAGGCAGCGGGCCGUCGUGCUACCUGGCUUCGGAGCAGCCCAACCUGGCGGGUGUCGUACUUCAUUCCCCGUUGCUGAGCGGGAUUCGUGUCUUAAAACCCAAUGUACGGUGGUGGCCAGCAUGGGCGGAUGUAUACCCCAACCACACACUGGCACAUCGGAUCAAGGCGCUGGUGCUGGUCAUGCAUGGUACCGAGGACGAGGUGAUCCACAUCAACUGUGGGAAGCGCCUGUGGGACCUGUGUCCCAGAAAGCACCAGCCGCUAUGGGCGAGGGGCUUCGGCCACCAGGACUUGGAGCAAUGCUCGGAGUACGAGCCCACCCUCAGAGCCUUCCUGGCUGAGGUGACAAAGACAAUCCAGCAGCAGCACCAGCAACAAAAUCAGCAGCAGCAGCAGCAGCCGCAGGCGCUCGCACCGGCACAGCGGCAGUAGCAGUAGCAGACGCAGCCGCAGGCCCCAGCGCGACACAUCAUUAGCUCCGGCAUGGGAAGGUGCAGGG